UUAAACACGUUGAUGAGAGUUUUGGUCUUAGUUUCUGGAUCUUAGUGUUCUGAAGUGAGCCGUGCAGAAUAAAGUGAUGUUGAUGAAAUGUGGUGACUGUGGAGAUAAAGCGCUUUUGGAGGCUGCGGUGGGUUUUGUGGCUCAGACUUGCAGCAGAUUUGUGGAGCGCUGUAUUCAGGAGGAGCAGAAUGCUGACGCCUGUGUGUCUGCAGGAGGCGUAUGUGAUGGCGAGCGUGGACCAUCCUCAUGUGUGCCGGCUGCUGGGCAUCUGCCUGACGUCCUCGGUGCAGCUGGUCACCCAGCUGAUGCCGUACGGCUGCCUGCUGGACUACGUCCGGCUCCACAGGGACCACGUCGGGGCUCAGUGGCUGCUCAACUGGUGCGUCCAGAUCGCCAAGGUGAGAGAGAGUCUGCCUCCUCCUCCUCCUCCUCCUCCUCCUGAUAGCUGCCUUUAAGCCUGCUGAGGCCUGUUAACCUGAACGCAGCGGAGCCGCUUAAUCUGUUCCGUCUGCGUUCAGCCUCGUCGGAUGGUCGAGUUCUGGGAAAAUCACAGACCUCAAGGUCAGGAGCUCGGUGUGAAAGCUGCUGCUGUCUGAUCCCAGAGUCUGAUGGGCCCCAAGGUUCCAGCGCAUGAAACAUCGGUUCUUAUUAAGAUAUCUGGAGACGUUUAGCUCCACCAGUCAGAGAGCUUCUGAGAUCAUCAGGCUUUAAUCUCCCAUCGACGCUCCUUCUGCAGGUUGAUCCUCACAUUGAAGUUUGAGUCUGAACAACAACGUCUGAGGAACCAAGAAAGACAAAAACCUGAAAUGUUUUUCUUCCUCAUCAUGACACUGAUUCACAAUCUGGAACGUUUACACAUAAAAUC